GGAGCGUAUCGCAGGUGAACAGUCAGACAUGCCAGUCACUUUACAGAUUCCUGACUCUGCUGGAAUCCUCAAGCUCGAAGAGAUGUUCUCCUUUGGCCCUGGCAAGGAGGAGAUCUUGUCCAUUGAGAAUAACCUGAGAGAUGUGUGCGAGCACACGGACAGAGAUGAGCAGGAAUUGAGCUACAAGGUUUAGGAUAUGCCGCGCAAGCUCAUUCCCCAGAUGAAGCGCUUCAUGCAUGUCGAAGGAGUCAGCUACAAGCUGUAUCAUCUCGUCAACUACGGCAUUGGAGAAGUCAAAUUCCCCGGCGGUGAUAAAUUCCGAAUUGGGGCUGUUGUGUGCCACGUUGGCGGCAAUACCACUACUGGUCACUACUACGCCUUGACUCAAGAUGAAUUGGGCGUCUGGUGGCGAUUUGACGAUAGCCGGAAGUGGAAGGUCGAUGACCUACAGAAAAUCGUUAUUCCAGAUGCAAUCUUGUUCUUCGUAGAUCGAGUCAGCAGCCCGAACGAGGCUAUUGAGACGGCCGUGGGCAGCCCACACAACAUUACGGGUGGAGGAGAGGCUAUGGAGUUGGAGAGCAUGUGCGCCGGCAACAACGCGAUGCCGCUCGAUGGCAACGAGGGUGGUAUGGCUGUCGGUCAGACUGUUGGUGGUCUUCUCUCCGACCCCAAAGCUUCCGAAGGUGCGACUGGGGAUGAGGAACAUGCGCCUGGGGAUUCAGCGGCUGCGGACGCUGAAGGCACAACUGACAAGGGUUGCACUGACGCCACUGCCCUCAUCCCCGACUCACUUCCCACAGACGCCGCUAACGACAGUGUUGUAAUAGACAACGGCGGCGCAGCCCCCCCAGCUUCUACUUCAAAUACCCCGUCCAUAGCAACAUCAACUGUGGACACAAUCACACGGUUUGCGUCGCGUCUGAUACCUUCUUGGCGGGAAAAAGGCGUUGUUUCCGACAGCGAAGAGUCCACAGGUACAGAGAGCGUCAACGUUGUACAAGCUGCUCGAAAUCUUACGCGGGCUACACCUGCAGGCACGUGGGGACGUUCAACGAGAGGGGGCAACAGCCUUGCUAGGUAGUUUAAGAAGCCACGACAGCCGCAGCAUAUUCCCCAGCUCAACAAUUGCAAUGGCAGCUUCCGGCUCUACCACAAACUC